AUGACUGGUUUCCCUGGCCAGCAGCAGCCCCAGCAAACCGGCUUUCUCGGACAGCAGCAGCCUCAGCAGAUGGGAUUCCUCGGCCAACAGGGCCUCCAGGCCCAGCAGACCGGCUUCCCCGGCAUGCAGAGCCAAGCGACCGGCUACAACGGUCCACGCCCUCCGAUGCCCCCUAUGCCCACUGGCUUCGGCGCGGGAGGCCCGGGUGGCAUGGCCCCAUUGAACGCGCAACCCACCGGUCGCCCCGGCCAGUGGGGCUUGGUGAACGCCCCGGCCACUGGCCUUCCCAACAUUGAUGCGCUGCAAGCUCAGAUGAUGCCGCAGCAGGGCCGCGAGCAGCAGAACUUCACCACUGCUGGCCUCCAGGGCAAUGCUGUCAUCCCCUGGGCCAUUACCAAGGAGGAGAAACAGCGUUACGAUUCCCUGUUCAAGGCCUGGGAUGGCCUCAGCAAGGGCUUCAUUGCCGGUGCGCAAGCCAUUGAGAUCUUUGGCCAGAGUGGUCUUGAGAAGCCUGACCUGGAACGCGUCUGGACGCUCUCUGAUAACGGCAACAAGGGCCGUCUCGACCUCGACGAAUUUGCCGUUGCCAUGCAUCUGAUCUACCGCAAGCUGAAUGGCUACCCUCUGCCUAACUCGCUGCCGUCAGAGCUCGUCCCCCCUUCUACGAGGAACUUCAACGCAUCCAUCGGCACCAUCAAGAACAUGCUCAGCGAAGAGUCCAACUACCGCAACAAGUCUGGCGCCGCUCUUCUGCCCCAGAAGACGGGCGUCAGUUACAUGAAGAGCCACUCUUUGAAGGGUAACAAUUUUGGUGGCGCCGGACGCAAGGAUGCCACCGUCUUUAAGAACAACGAUGACGACGUUGGCUACAAGUCUAGUGCGCGCCGCCGCCUCGGUAAUUCCUCCCCUCGACCUGACUCGCCUUCAUCUGUUGCGUCGUCGAACGAUGAUCUCAAUUCCGAACAGCUGAAGAAGAAGAUCAGGGAGAAGCAGGUCCUCCUUGACGCCAUGGACUUCAACGACGAGAAGAGCCUCGAGGAAGACGACAUGCUGGACAGGCGCGACCGACGCGAGGCCGAGGAGUUGUACCGUCGCAUCCGCCGCACCCAGGAUGACAUUGAUUCUCACCCUGAUGCGGCCCUCGCGACUGGCGAUUCCGACGCCGAGCGCCGCUCUCUCAAGCGCCAGCUCCAGAACCUCACAGACAAGAUUCCCCAGCUCGCCUCCCAGGUGCGCCAGACCGAGAAGGCCAUUCACGAUGCGCGCUUGGAGCUGUUCCGCCUCAGGGACGCCAAGGCACACCCCAGCAGCGCCUCUACGAUUGUUGGCACCGGUCCCGGUGGUGUCGUGACCGAGUCUGACAGGCUCAAGGCCAGGGCAAAGGCCAUGAUGCAGCAACGCACUGCUGCCCUCACAGGCCGCAAGAUCGACACUGCCGUCGACGACACGGACGGACCCAAGCGCCUCGAGGAGGAGAGCAUCAAGGUACGGACAGAGAAAGAAAACAACGAGCGCAUGGUCAAAGACGUGGAAGACUCGGUGCGCGAGUUCUCUCGUGGCAUCGAGGACAGCCUGAAGGACGGUGCUACUAGCUCCACCAACGAGCACGAGAAGAGGCGCUGGAGGACGCUCUAG